AUGACCUCUGAGACUCUCGUCCCCGAUAACUCUGCCGUUUCAUCACCUCCCGCUAAACGUGCCAAGACUGCCGCUACAAUGGAAGGUCCCCCACCACUUCAGAUUAAAAAGCUUUCUGACAAGGGUCGUUUGCCCACUCGUGGGAGUGCCUUUGCUGCUGGCUAUGAUAUCUACGCUGCUCGCGACACAACCAUUCCCGCCCGUGGCAAGGCGCUAGUUGACACUGAUAUCAGCAUGGCUGUGCCUGCCGGAACCUAUGGACGCAUUGCCCCUCGAUCGGGUCUCGCUUCCAAGCAUUUCAUUGACACAGGCGCUGGUGUCAUCGAUGCCGAUUACCGCGGUCAGGUCAAGGUCCUGCUCUUCAACCAUAACGAAUCCGACUUUGAGGUGAAGGAGGGCGACCGCAUUGCUCAACUUGUUCUGGAGCGCAUCUACACCCCAGAGGUUGUCGAGGUCCAAGAACUCGAGGAGAGUGUCCGAGGCGCUGGUGGCUUCGGCAGCACUGGUUAG